AUGUUUCUCGCACUACUGGUUCUCUUGAAAUCCUGCUUAGUGCUAGCCGUCAAUAUUAGUCAUAUUCAGUAUGGAAUAUAUGUUCCACAACCGACAUCCGUGGCUGUUUCAUUCACGAUGCAAUUCUCGAUCGAUUGCAAUGAAUGCCUUUGCGCGGCUACUUCAUCGAAUACGACCUCAUAUGCAGUUGUUAACUGUCAGAAAGAUACACACUGGUGUUCAUUUUACAGUGUUUUGACUUCAAAUUAUAGUGUACAAUGGAAUGUUCAAGGUUCUGUUUAUUUCUUACAAUCAUUUCCUAUGCCAUCAACUAGUAUACCACAAACCAGUCAACCAACAACCAUGUACGUUUCUACUCAAGCGCCUCUGUCGAAUGUAUGGAUUCAAACGAACAACAUGUCUGUCCCAAGAAUUGGCCAUACAAGUACAUAUAUACCAGAAACAGGCAAUGUUCUCAUUGCAGGUGGUGAAAAUCAAUCGUCGUUAGAAUUAUUCAUACCAUCAAAUAGAUCGUUUAUUACAAAAGGUAGUAUGACCACUAUUAGAGCGUAUCACUCAGCUGAUCGUCUCAAUACAAAUCUGGUCUUAAUUGCUGGUGGUACUACUGCUGAUCUAUACGAUCCUAUAAAUGAAGUGAUCAACGUGACGGUAAACAUGAGCAGAUAUCGUAUACGGCAAAAGUCGUCGGUAGUUAAUAUAUCAGGAACUGUGAAAACAAUACUUUCAGGUGGUACUUAUUAUGCAGGAUCACUAGUCUACCUAUCUUCUGUUGAUAUAUUCGAUGUUCCAUCGAAUACGUUCACAAUGAAAAACAUAUCAACUCCUCGAUUCUAUCACACAUCAACAGCACUGCCAAAUGGAAACAUUGUCAUCGCCGGUGGUAGUGAUGCACCUGGUGGUAAUAUUCUCGAUACUUUAGAAAUGUACAAUAGUAGCACAAAUUCGUUUGUCACUCUCACACCACGAAUGUCCUACGCACGAUACUACUUCACAGCAACUUAUAUUCCGUCGAUUCGAUCCAUUCUAUUUGCCGGUGGUUAUAUUUCAGCAAAUUUGAAUUCAUAUGACCUGUUCAAUGUGACAACAAUGCAAUUUGUUCGGAAUGGCACUUUAAAGUAUGCUCGAUCUACUCACACGGCUACUCUUCUACAAGAUGGACGUGUUUUACUUGCUGGCGGUUAUCCACAAAUGAACCAAGUGGAAAUCUUUGAUCCAUCAACAUUUACCACUUCUAUAGCUGCCAACUUAUCCAUCGGUCGUUGUUAUCAUACAGCAACGCUGCUCACACAUUCGAGCCAAGUUCUUGUGUGUGGUGGCCAAAACACAGUCGGUUAUCUUGCAAGCUGUGAACUUUACGCUCCAUAA